AUGGAGAGUCUGAAGCAACUAUUCUAUGAGUGGGAAAUCCAGUUACUUUUGAUCUUAAGCUUCACACUACAAUUGUUCCUCUUCUUCGCGGGUAGCCUUCGGCGGUGUAGUACUAGUGGUAUCCUAAGGUUCUUGAUUUGGAUAGCUUAUUUGGGUGCAGACUUGGUUGCAAUUUAUGCCCUCGGCUAUCUUUCACGAUACGAUGACAUACUCAAUGAAAGGCACAUAAGUAGGAGAAACAAAUCAAUGGCUUUCUAUUGGGCACCAUUUCUCCUAAUCCAUCUUGGUGGGCAGGACACCAUCACUGGUUUUGCUAUGGAGGACAACAACCUGUGGUUGAGGCAUUUGUUGAACCUAGUGACCCAAGUUAUGCUAGCACUAUAUGUUUUCUGGAAGUCCAUUGGAAGGCAGGAUGUGUAUCUUCUAGUUUCUGGUAUCUUUGCAUUCGUUGCUGGGAUUAUAAAGUAUGGGGAAAGAACAUGGUCUCUAAACUGGGGGAGCACUAAAAGCUUUGAGAGCUCAACUGGAGACCUUUAUAAGAAACAAAUGCCUAAGCAGAUCUAUGGUGGUGCUAGCUAUUCUGGCACUGUUUGUGUUGCUCUUCGUUCAAUGUCAUAUGUCCAUGGUGUAUUUUCGGCACGCACCUUGUUUGACAACAGCCCUUUGAUCGAAGAUACGCUAGGAGAUCUGGAAAAAACACUCAAGGUGGUGAGGCUUGAGCUAGGCAUGAUAUAUGAUGAUUUGUACACCAAGUCUCUUGUGCUUAGAACAAGGAGUGGCAUCAUACUUAGAUGUAUCUCUCAGAUAUCUGCUAUUAUUGCUUUUGUGCUAUUCCUUACUCACAAUAAACACGGUUAUGGUAAAGCUGACAUUGCAAUCACCUAUUCACUGUUUACCGGAGGCUUCUUCCUGGACAUCUUUGCAAUUUUAUUCUCCAUGAUGUCACCAUGGACAUGGGCAUGGUUAAAGGCUCAAAAAUGCGACAAACUCUCCAUAUUUUCAUGGUUUAUUCUUUCUAGUGAUGCUGGAUGGCCAGAGAAGCAGCAAAGAUGGCCAAAAUCAAUGGGGCAGUACAACUUUCGAUGCUUAUUAUCAACUGGGUACCAACCAAGGACACUUAGUCAACGAGUGAUGAAGGCCAUUACAAAUUUAACAAAAUUGCUUGGUAUUGAGAAAAAGAAAGUAUUUUGGAUGAGCAAGCUGCUAGACACGGAGCAAGUGGAUGUGGGCAUGACGAUGAUGGAACACGUUGCGAAGGAAGUCCGAGUCUUACACGAAGAACUGUACCUUGGAGAAAAACACAAGGAGCCUCGUGAAUGGCCGAGGCUUGGCCUACUGCUGGAGAGGACACAAGCUCGAUUAGCCUCGGAUUUUGGUUUUACUAUCAUCUUCCUGCACAAGCUAACCGAGGUACACUUAAGUAGAUGUCCCCAACAUACUAAUCCAGACAUCGAGACAACCACUGAAUCCUCAUAUUUACCCACUGAUCAAGUGGAGAUCUGUCGAAAACUAUCCAACUACAUGAUGUACCUUCUAGUUGCCAACCCUUCCAUGCUGCCUCUCUCUACCAGCGCGGUGGCCACGCUGGAGAGCUCUCAGCAACCUCGAGCAAUGGACUUGCUGCUCAUAGAGGAAUCGCUUGAGGAGUUCAGUGUCAUGCUGGACAAGGAUACGCUAGAGGAGAUGAUAGCACUGUGGCUGAGGCUGCUCAUUUUCUCUGCUGGCAAGUCAAGGGUGGAGAUGCAUGCAGCUCAGCUGAGUAGAGGAGGGGAGCUCAUCACCUUCACCUGGCUACUCAUGGCGCACUACGGGAUAGGGGAUUCCCAGACUAGAAGGGUUCGGAUAACCAAUGAUAAUACUGGGAAUUCUGACGUUAGGGAGGCAUAUGCCAUGUAUGUUCCUGCACCAAAUCAUCGACCAACAAGAGCGUAG